AAGCGUAGGAGCGAAGUAUCUCAACGGCAGGAUUUGCUCAUCACAGGGAAAACAUACGAAACGUUCCAUUUGACCUUUGAUCAGCCAGUUCCACGCUUCAUGGUGAGACCAGCGCAGCAAACCUGCCUCCCUACGUUGAAAUGUUCUAUUCCAAACGCAGAAGAACCUAUCUCUCUCUAGACUAUCCUCCUCGCUCUCUCCUAGCACUUCUCUUUCAGCACUCGACAUCAUCUUUCUCAACCCAUCUCCACCAUCCCAAGCUCCGCUCUGCACAGCCUCACUUCAACCCCACACUCUCCCCACGCUCUCUUAGCCUAGCCUAGGUAUCCACCCCUCUAGUUCCACCUCCACCAACCUCACCUCCUACCCAGCUCCCUCCCUCCCUACCUUAGCUCCUCCCACCACCCUCCCAGGCGCACAGCCGCAAAACAAUGGGCAACACCUGCAGCGGCCUCUGCGGCGGCGGCGACAAAGACCACUUCUCCACCCCCGGCCGCACCCUCUCCUCCGCGCCCGCCGCCAAGCCCGCCUCCGCCAAACUCCCCUCCCAGAAACAGGCCCAACGCGCCUCAACCACCGGCGGCGGACAGACAGUCGGCGGCACCGCCGCGCGCUCGGCAGAUGAUCCGCGGGCUGCAGCUGCGCGGGCUGCCGAGGCGCGGUUACAGCAGGCGAAGGGGAAGGGGAAGCUGGGCGGGGAAUUGGAUAAGCAGAAGAAGCAGACGAUGAAUGCGACGAGGGUGCAGGAGGCGCGGGAUAAUCUGGCGCGCAAGGAGACGGAGCGGAAUGCCGAGAUACAGAAGUAUAGUUGAGGGAUCAGGGAAAUUGGGAAUUGGGGGAUGGGCGUUGGAUGCGGUUGCGUUGCCACAGGAGGGGUGUCAUACUUGUAAAUACAUGCACGGCAUUACGAUUUCACGAAUAUGAAAUGCGUUGCCUGCCUUCCAUGCCAAGAGUAUCAAUCCAGGGACGCUUCCGAAUCUUGAAUACCUAGGUAUGAACC